AUGACGGCUAAAAUGACGGCGAAAAUGACGGCGAAAACGCUGGACAUAGUGGACCAAGCGGGAAAAAGUAUGAGUCGAGAAAAACUCAAGGAUGAAAUAAAAAUCUUAUUCACAGACAUAGAUGGGACUCUGCUUAACAGUGAUCAUAAGCUAUCCCCACUGAAUAUCCAAACGUUGGUAAAGGCCAAAGAAAAAGGAAUUAAAAUUGUGUUUUCCACAGGGAGACCCAUAUUUUCUGUACAAGGAGUCAUAGGAGAAGAAUUAAAAAAAAAUGACUUGAAGUUAUUUCCAGGAAUAUAUCUAAAUGGAUGUAUAACGUAUGAUGAAAAUGGAGAAAAAAUAAUUGACCACGUUAUUAAUGAUGAAUUAAAAAUGGAAAUUCAUAAUUUCACAAAAAAAAACAAAUUCGAUCAGUACUGCAUUUGGUACACUGUGGACAAAACGUUUUGUUUUACCAUAAAUGAAGAAAUCAGAAACUACAUGAAUAUUGAAAGCGUCUCUCCUGAAAUUAUUAACGAAGCAACAUUUAAAACGAUGACUAUGUAUAAAGUACUCAUGUGUUUAAAUGAGCAAAAUAUUUUCUCCAUUUUUCAAUCCUGCAAGGAUCUAUUUGCUCACAAAAUUAACGUAGCUAAUACUUUUAUGAAUUAUAUUGAAUUAUUUCACCAGAAAACCAACAAGUUUGAGGGAGUGAAAAAGAUUUGCGAGAAUUACAAUAUCAGUUUGAAUAAUGCCUUGGUCAUUGGGGAUGGCGAGAAUGACAUGGAAAUGCUCGAGGGAGUGCCCACUUCUGUUGCGCCCAGUAAUGCCUCCGAUAAGGUUAAGAGGUGUGCUAAGUAUAUUGGCCCCUCCAACAACGACGACGUGGUUAGUCACGCGCUCCAGACGUUUUGCGGGGUCCAC